UAAAGCCUCGUGACUUGAAGGUUGGGUUGCUGACCUGAAGGCUGCCAGGUUCGAAUCCCACCCGGGGAGAGAGCGGAUGAGCUCCCUCUAUCAGCUCCAGCUCCAUGCAGGGACAUGAGAGAAGCCUCCCACAAGGAUGGUAAAACCGCCAAAACAUCCGGGCGUCCCCUGGGAAACGUCCUUGCAGACAGCCAAUUCUCUCACUCCAGAAGUGACUCAAGUUGCUCCUGACACGAAAAAAAAAUGAGGGUGGGGUGGGGAGCUCUUUGCUGGGGCGCGGGCUCCAUUCUAGAGCGAUCCCACCCCAAGUGAAAGGAGGAAUCUCAGCUCCAGAGGCCCCUGGGCAUGACCCCCUUCCUGGCCCCACGGAGAUGCCUCGGUGAUGCCGAGUGGGGAGAACGGAAGGCCGAGGCUCAAGGCCGAAGGGGGUGACGACAAGCGGGAGGAAGGCGGGCUCGGUGUCUGGGAGAGAAGGCCGUGGCGCCCUUCCAGACUGGAAUGUUUACCCGGGAACCUCUCUCCCCGGAGCCGGUGGGAGAGGCUGCUGCGUUUCCGUCAGGACUCUUUUCGCGGUGACACCCACUCCUCCUCUGUCUCCUCCCCCCCCCCAACCCCCCCCCCCUCCCUUGCUGGAAGAGCCAGGAUGCGUUGGCCUAUUGACAGCUCCGCCUGAUGGAUGGAUUCCACUUCUCUCGAGCAUCACCGCUAGUUGUGCCUUGGGCAACUUUGCAGCUUCUCCCUGUUGACGCUUUGAGAUCAUCCUAUGCCUGCAAUACAUGGAUGUUAAGGUGGCGUUGCUCAAUCCCUUCAUCCUCGUCCUCCUCCUUUCUGGUAACUUUGGACCUGGGCCACGUUUUGCCAUUCGUACACAACAUGCAACCCGGCUUGGUCCCGCUGAAUGCUUUGCAUGGAUCCUUAGCACCUGCUGCCAGUUGAGUUGAAGAAGACCUCCACCUGGACGUUCCUGCAGACUUUACUCCAAGAUGAUAACAAAAGGCAUUUUCUGGAUAAGGUCCCGCCUUUGGUGCUGAAAUGAGAGCUGAGACACUGGAACAUUGCCCAAGAAGGGCUCGGCGUUCCACCCUGAGGGAAUAAUAACUGUAAGAAGAUACUGAUGGAGCUGCAGAGACAUUCCAAGUCUGUCGGAGAUCCACAUAGAUCACCGGAAUCUGUGGGACACCCCUGCCUGCAAGAUCCUCCUAGUGAUGUGGAGAAGCCCAUCAAGUUGGAAAAAGCCAGUGAGGGAGAGGAUGUCCAAACAUUGCCUCCUAAACUCUCUCGUCCACCAGUUCCUUCUGCUAGCAGUGCUCUCAUUCAGGGUUUGAAUGGGCUGCCAGGAACAGGCAGGAGGGCCCACAUUUCUGGAGGGACAGUGGAACAAGGCGAAUCCUCCCGACUGGGACGUUACUUGUUGAUUGACAGUCAGGGUCUUCCUUACACUGUGCUGGUGGAAGAGGGCGUGGCGGCUGCAGGGAGCAAUGACAGUGGGAGCGUGGGCUCCCUGCGCAAGGUCUACAGCUGCCCUGUCUGCUCACGGACAUUCGAAUACCUGUCGUACCUGCAGCGCCACAGCAUCACCCACUCGGAGAGCAAGCCCCAUGUUUGCCGGGCGUGUGGCAAAGCCUUCAAGCGCACAUCCCACCUGGAGCGCCACAAGUAUACCCAUUCGGGACGGAAACCCCACCAGUGCCCUAUCUGCCAGCGCAGCUUCCGGGAUUCGGGGGAGCUCUCGCAUCACCAGCGGGUACACACAGGCGAGCGGCCUUACCAGUGCGAGGCAUGCCACAUGCGCUUUGGCGAACGCAACACCCUCCAGAGGCACAUUCGCCGGAAGCACCGCCUGCAGCUCCUCCCUCCAGGCAUAGAGACUGGCCUUUUGGGGGACUUGUGCUAGAAAUAAUUGGCGUGAGGACCUACCCAGGCCUUAGGAACCUGCUGUCCAGGCCCUGCUAGCAUCCGUGCAUGCUGAGCUAAUCCUAGCCUGAAAAUUUCUGCCCACAUCUGAUGGAUUGAUACUCCCACAUCUGUCAGACUAAUGACUGGCAGCUUCUGUGAAAAACAAAAUGUGGAAUGGAGAAACACAUACCCAGCUAUACCACAAAGUAUCUGGCAUGCAAAUGCCAACUUCCUGAGUCCUCAAACAGAUACCUUCUGCCCAGUGUCAUGACAAUCUGGUUUACCACCCUUUUGUAGAAAUGCUUAGUCUGUCCUGCCUGCCUAUGCUCCUCAUUAACCCAUCAGGAAGAUCUGUUUCCUCCUGCUUUGUCCCCUGUUAGCACUACCCUUGAAGGCCACAUACAUUUAGCAUGAAUUCAUUACCUGGUCAACCCCCUUCUCUACAAUAGAGAGCAGAGCAUACUAGUGCCCUGAGGAAAUCUUCUUGUCUCAGAUUAUAAUGGGUGGUAGGGAAAAUCCAGCAGGCCUUGCCUAGACUCUGCAUGUAUGGCAUGGAUAUAUUCCUCCACUGCCUGUUAAUAAUAACUCUUAUCAAUGGUACACUUGGCUUUGAAAUCUAUCUAGAAGCUUCCAUUUAUUUUAUAUCCACCCACAAACAUAGCAUGGAGACAUCUACUCAAUUGAGAACUAGAGUAUUCCUAUUUUAGAAAACUGCCCUGUGGAUAAUGUUCAAGUUGCUUUGGGUGUGAAGGAUUGCUAGAUUGGGACAGUGAGGAUGUUGCUUCUUAUUUUGGCAUAGAAUUUCCGCUAAAAUUUCCAGUUGGAUUCUAUAAAUUCCAGUUGUCUUAUUUGGAAGUGCCAAAUGCUGACCUGAGACAGGAUGGAUCUUUAGCUUUACAUCCUGGGCUCCCAUCAUCUCAGGAACAGACUGUCCUUACAUUCUUGUCGAGCCCAUUCCAUUCUCACAUGACACACCUUUUGGCAAAAGUGGUAGUAUGAAGUUUAGAAAGAGCUAAAUGAAAUAUCGGCCGAAAGACAUAGUGUUGGAGUAAGGUGGGGUGAAUGCUCCUUCAGAAAAGGGUUUGUGGGCUGUAAUUCAUGGCAUUCCACACAAAUGUUUAUGCUGACUAAGGCUGAUUCCUAUUUGUCAGUGAUUCCCAGCCUGUGGUUCAUGGACCACUAGUGGUCCACAAUAACUAAAAUAUGAUCCAUGGCCUCACCGUUACUACUACAAAUAAUAACACUGACCAACCAAUUUUUUUUCUUGUUGUCUUAAUUUUUAGGCCUGUUCCUGGGGUUGUUUGGGGUGCUGAUUCAGAAAAUUGCCUUGGAUAGACCACAUCAAUUUUAGAUUAUGAAAUAUAUAUUCUGUGGGCGAGUAGAUGGCGACUACUGGAUGGCAUAUGUUCUGUAUCAGAAACAAGAGCUCAUGUGGUCUCUCCAGUGCAAUUUUAUGAAUAGGCACCCCAAAUAACCAAACGGAAUCUAAAGUUGACCAAAAACUGAUUUGUAACCCUUUUUGGUACUAAUGUUGGAGCGUGGUCCCUGGUCAAAGUGGUUCCUGGUCAAAAAAAAGAUUGGCAAUCACUGCUGUAUGUGGAUAUAUAUGAAGAGUGGGGGCACUGAAGGAUGGAUAAUGGAUAUGUCUCUGCUUUUAGACCUUAACUGUCUUAAUUUAAAAUAAUUUACUUUUCCAGUGGGGAAAAUGUGAUUUUACAUUCCUUCAGAAAGAUGCUGCUGCUACUUCUGAUGCGAGUCCAGCCUCCAAAUCAGAUCUGUACCAUGUCCCAUGUGUUCUGCUUUCAGGCCUUGUUUCCUUCUGUCCUCAAAUUAGCCAACUGGAAUCUAUUCAGAUAACUUUCCAAGUCUUUGUGGGUCAGCAUCUAUGUGUCUGUGGAUUUAAACCCCAAUUCUACACAAAGCAAAAUAAAGUACUUUGCCUUCCCUCUGCCUUUCAGUCCAUGGGGUAUUAUCAGAUUAGACUGUUAUGGUUUCCUACAAUAUUUAACAAGCAUAGGAUCUCCUGUUCCUUUACAGAGUUAAAAGGAUGGGUUGGAUGGACCAGAAGCAGGAGAAACUGAUAUACAGGCAUGUGUUCCAAGGUGCCAGAUAAAAUGGUGCCUCCAAAGACGCCAGGGAAAUCCCUGGAUCAUGUUUCCUCUACUUCAUGUAUCAUGUGGAAUCUUUGAUCUAUGUGAGUCUUCUUUGUCAUUUUUCUUUUUUAAAUUAAUAAAAACAGUUCUAUGGUGAUUUGGUUCAUCUUUGUGUACUACCCAAAUAAAGUGAUGCUGUAUGACUUCCA